CAAAAGAACCAAAAAAGAGAAGAGAAAAAAAACUACCAAAUUCAAAAUCCCAUUUCUACCCUUAUCGAAAUCUAUGGCACCAACAUCAAUUCCCCCAAGGCUAUUCGGUUGUGCCGCGGCGGCGGCGGCGGUGAUGACCGCUCUCCUUGCGGUGGCGGCCACCGCCACAGUGGGUCAUGAAGCGGCAGACGUCGUUCUCGGUCAGGAGGAUGUGUCUAAUGUCAAGAUAGAGACAAAAAACCCGGCCGUCGACGACUCGAAGGAUCAGAAUUCGGAGUCGUGGACGGAGUGGGCCAAGGAUAAGCUCGCCGAAAGCCUCCGCCUUAAGUCCGCCCAAGACGCGGCCAGGAACGCCAAGGACAAGAUCGCCGAUUCCGCCUCCGGAACAGGAGAGUAUGUUGCAGAUAAGGCGGAGGAGAACAGGCAUGCCGCCAGCAACAAAGCCCGGGAAGCCAAAGACGCGACCUCCGACGCCGCGGAGAAGACGAAGCAAAAGGCUUCUGAUACGAAAGACGCGACGUACGACGGCGCGGAGAAGACUAGGCAAAAGGCCUCUGACACCGCAGGGAGCGCAUACGAGAAGGCGAAAGAGAAGUCCGCCGAGACGGCCAACCAAGCGUACCAGAAAACCGGGGACGCGAAGGAAAGGGCGUACGAGACCGCCAAAGGCGCCGUGGAAAAGGCGUCCGGGACGGCGGAGAAGGCCACGGAGGCGGCGGGGAAGGAGAAGGUGGGGUGGGCGGCGGAGAAAGCGAAGGAGGGGUACGAGGCGGCGAAGAGCAAGGCGGGGGAAGUGGUGGAGUCGGCGAAGGAGACGAUCGCGUCGAACCUCGGGGCGUCGACGGAGAAGACUAGGGAGGCGAAGGAUAACUUGGUUUGCAGCGACAAAGCCAAGUGCAAGACGAAGAGGGACGACGAGCUCUAGAUUAUUAUGUGCUUAAUUAUGGUU